UCUUAGAGCGAACACAUCGAGAAGCUGAAAAACAGACUGAGGCCAGAAACAAAAGUCAAAUCAGCUAUAAAAAUAUAUACAAAUUCGCCUGCCGGUCUCCAGCUGAAGUGGGAAAAAAAAACAUUUUAAGUGGCGGCAGAGAUGCAGUGAACAAUGUGCACAAAAUAAACACAAACGCUUUCUCCAACGAUCUACUGAGCGCGCUAAAUAAGAAAAGACACAUAUUUCCCAGUGAAAACAUUUAGUUUGGUUUUAGCCAAGAAAAACAGAACAGAAUUAUGGCAAGUGCUGUGCGUAGUGAGAAGUGCGGGAGGAGUCGCAUCAGGGAGCUAAUUCUGAUCCUUUUAUUGGUCAUCAUGGCCGAUGAGUCGAGGGCCGCUCCUUUUGAUCCUUCCUUCUUCAUGGAGGGCGUGCAAUCGGAGGUGGUGAACCCAUUCAACCGCACCAUCCUGAACCGCUUCAAUCUGACCGAGGAGCAAAUCAUAAGCAUCCAGAACCGGAGCAAUCCGAAUAUGAGGAACACCACCGCCCAGUCUUCCAAUCAACAAUACCUUCAGCAAGUUGCUACUCACCGUCUCAACGACAUUUUCAAGCAUCUCCAAAAGGCCAUUUCAAACGAGCCCAAUGGCGGUGUUUCCAAGGAAAAGGCCGGAUUUCCCAUCUGCAAUGCGGAGACUACAAGUCCGGAAGAUUGGCAGCAGGGCGACAACGUGACUCUCCAGUUUGCCAGCAGCGUUUUCAUGUCCAACAGCGACGACCGUUUGAGCAGCGCCCUGCUCCGCCUCUAUAAGAUCAAUCCCGGCCAGAAUCGCGAGCAAAAUCCCGGCCAAAUAACCGCUCAACCGGUGAGCACCGAGACCCCGGGCAACACGUCUCCAAACUGCGCAGAGCAGCCGCCAGUGGGUCCCCAGAUUCGGGUCACCGUCUCCAUCGUCCACCAGCAGAGGAAGAAACGUAAGUUAGAGCGCAAGAAGCGCACCUGCAACACUGCCAUGCUGAGCAGCUCCGCCACCGGCUGGGUGGAGAUCGACGUGAAGUGCGCUUUGGCCUACUGGGAGCAGCAGCACCGCCAGCAGCUCCGCCAGCAGCAGCCACUGCAGCCGCAGCUGACCUCCAGCGUGGUGGGGAUCCUGAUGAUCGAGGUGCACGACGACGAGGAGAACCCGCUGAAGCCUGGGCUCUUUUUCGGGCCGCCCACUUGCGAUCAGGCAGAGAUUGCUGUCCCAUGGAGCGUUUACCGAACAGAACCGUUUAAGUCUCAUCUGGCGAGUUGGACAUUGCCAAGAAAACCAAGGUUAGACAUUCUCUUCAACGGCGCUAACUCCAUGAAGGACAUCUACAACACACCCAAGAGCAAAGCUUACAUCGAAUCCACCACAUCCAACUCACCCACGAUCGACAACCAGCUGGACGAUAGCGGCGAUUACGAGAGCCAGCAGCGGGAAAAGAGCCACCUGCACCACCUUCGCCACCACCACAGCCACCAAUUGGACUCGGAGUCCGCCCAGGUCGAGGCAGAAAUCGAGGCGGAGGAGCUGCUGUCCUCAGCCAGCAACAGCAACAGCGAACAGCAGGUGGAGCCCGUCUCGAACCACCAUCGACAUAGGACUGGACACCACCAUCCGCACCAGCUGCACCAGCACCACCACCACCAGCGCCACCACCCCAAGCACCAUAGGAUUUCGACCCAUAAGCAGGAGUAGGCGUCGCGACCACCACACCACCAAACCACCCAACCGCCCAUCCAACCACCAUCCUCUCUCACCACCACUCAUGCUGGUCUUACGAUUAUUUCUUGUUUUGUAUUUGUAACUUUAGGGCCAGUUGACUUAAUUAGUUUUUAGUUGAUCGGUGUCCUCUACCGCAUACUUUAUUUAAAUUAUACUUUAAAUUUCGUUGUAAGCUGAGCCAGUUUUUGGUCAAAUUUCGAUUUUAAUUUUAAAAUCUCUCUUAUAUUAGAAGCCUGUGAUUUAGAUGUGGUCGAAUUCGCACUCUUUUUGCUAACUAAAUUUGUAAGAACCUCACGAAGGAAAGCCAACGCGGAAAACAUUUAAUACGAAUUUAAGUAAUAUAUUUUAGGUGGUAAACUAAAUUAAUCAAUGCCUUAUCGAGCAUUACAAUCCCAGACUUCUGCACAAUCCACUCGAAAACCAGCAAGCCAAGGACGAACCAAAUCAAGCAUUUUCGAUUUAAUUGAUAAGCGAUUACUGUCCCGGAACACAGUUUUGUUAUAUAAGUAAGUCACUAGGUUAAAGUGUCUUUCUGCCUGCUAGAAAGAGAGCACCAAGUGCAUCCCUUAAUCUCGAAAUUCCCCAGUUUGUGGCCCAAUGUUCUGUUUUGUUUUUAAGAUUUUAUAACAACCACAUUUUCAUUAAUUCAAACAGCUAUCGAUGCUUAACCCCUCACCUCCAUCCUAACUAAGUGAAUUUGUAAGUCGAUUGCAAGUAUGAAUAACAUAUGGAAAAUGAUUAUAUUAAUAAACAUAAAUCGCAAGCGUGUCAAGUUGCGAAUCAAGUAAGAA